AUGCUGGCUGAUCCACUUCAAUUUAUGAAGACAUCAGGAAAGAACGAUCCUGUCUGGGUGCACACAGAACCAUACUCUAAUCGGCCUCGGUUCUCUCAGCUGGACAGAGAUCUGGAUGCUGAAGUUUGCAUCAUCGGGUCCGGUAUUGCUGGCAUCUCAAUCGCAGAGCAGCUUGUGAGAAGAGGCAUGGACGUGGUUAUGAUCGAGGCAAGGGAUAUCCUAUCUGGAGAGACAGGCCGUACGUCAGGGCAUUUGUCGUCUGACCUCGAUGAUGGCUACACCGCCAUUGGGAAGCUUUUCGGCUACGAAGGAGCCAAAGUGGCCGCUGAGUCUCAUGACUGGGCCCUUAAGCAUGUAGGCAAUAUCUCAAAGCAACUCGGCAUAGACUGCGAAUAUCGCCAGCUUAGGGCUUACAACAUCUCACAACAUCCUAAAGGCACUAAAGAACACGAAGAAGACAUUUUGGAAAUGAAGGAAGAAGCGAAGUUCGCGAAAGAGAUUCACCUUGAUAUAGAUUACAUCGACAAUCUUACAAUCAAGGGCUGGGACGGUAAGCCUGAUCAACGAGAUGGAAAUGUUGUUAGCCAGCAGGCGACCUUCCAUCCAACCAAAUACUUAGUGGGUGUCCUCAAAUGGCUAGAGGAGCAAUCCAACUUCCAAUGUUAUACCCACACGCGCAUGACCUCUUGCACAGAAAGUGGUGCCACCGUCCCCAUCGUCGAUGUCCACCUAGGCUCAAAGAAGGUCAAAGUCACGACCCUCAACGGCCGUACCAUCACAUGCGACCACGCCAUACAAGCCACCUGCGUCCCUCUUCAAAAGCUCAGCCUUAUCGCAGAAAUGGAGUACCACCGCACCUACUGCAUUGCAAUCCGCAUUCCCAAGAACUCCGUGGAAGACUGUCUGAUCUACGAUUCUGCGGAAGCGUAUAAGUAUGUACGUAUGACUGCAUGCGAUGAUGAAUGGGACUACAUAGUCGUCGGUGGCUGCGACCACAAAGUCGGACAGGAGGACGAAUGGGACGAGCGAUAUAAGGAACUAGAGACCUGGGUCCGUGAGCGAUUCACACGAGCAGCAGAUGUCGACUACAGAUGGUCGGGCCAAAUCUUCGAGCCGGUCGAUUACAUGGCGUAUAUUGGCAGAAAUUCGAGAAAUGACCGUAUUCACGUCGUAACGGGCGACUCUGGAAAUGGACUCACACACGGUGUUAUCGCGGGUCGACUGAUUGCAGAUGAGAUCCAGGGUGUAGAGAAUCCCUGGGCGAGUCUAUACGACCCGAAGCGGAAGUCCACGCUCGUGCCUAAAUUACCCAGUAUACUCAAACACGAUGUGCAAAUCAAUACACAAUACAAACGCUUCCUCCAAUCCGAUAUCACGGACGUUGAAGACCUUGGCCUUGGGCAAGGAGGUGUAUUGAACCCGACUGCCGCAACGCCACAGGCGGUGUAUAAAGACGAGAACGGGAAGAUCCUGAGAAUGAGUGCAUUAUGUCCACACAUGAAGGGCGUGGUUUGUUGGAACAAUGAUGAGAAAUCUUGGGAUUGUCCUGUGCAUGGCAGUCGCUUCAGCGCGGAGGGUGUGCAGAUCAUCGGACCGGCAAAGGCAGGACUGGAGCCAUUUGAGGAGAACGCGAAGGAGAGGCAGGAAGUCGCGACGGAGCCUUAG